UCUGCUAAUAUCAACUUUUACAACUUUAAAGGAGGCAGCGCAGGGGCGCGCUCUGCUGGAGACCACCGCGCACGACUACAGCAACCUCCACGAAGAAGGAGAGCCGCGUUUACGAGAAAGGGGCGGGCUCUUCUCCCGGAAACACGUCACUUUUGAGAUGAUCUCAGCGCGUGCUGCAGGGCUGCAGUUUGGGUCUUUAACUCUCAGGUCAGAGGGUUAGAGAGGAGGAGGAAGAGAAGGCAGAAGAGAAAGAAGGAAAAGAGGGAGGUGUGUGUGUGUGUGUGUGUGUGUGUGUGUGUGUGUGAGUGAGUGAGUGAGAGAGAGAGAGAGAAAUGGAUGUGAGGAGUGUGUUUCUGUGUGUGUUGCUGUGUGUGCGGUGUUGGGCGGGGCCUGUGGAGGAUGUGAAGAUUGACAGGUACUCGUUACCCACGCUGUGUGCGCGCGAGGUCCAGCAGGGGGACUAUGUCCGGUACCACUACACAGGAACCUUCACCAACGGAACCAAGUUCGACUCCAGUUUAGAUAAAGGUGCUCCGUUUAUGGGUCCAGUUGGUUCUGAGAGUAAAGUAAUUCCGGGUCUGGAUAGAGGAGUUCAGGGAAUGUGUGUGAACGAGCGGAGAAAAAUCACCAUCCCCCCCCACCUGGGGUACGGCGUCACCGGAGCAGGGUCCGUCAUUCCUCCUGAUACGACGCUGGUGUUUGAUGUCGUCCUGUUGGAUGUUUGGAAUAAAGCUGAUAAAGCUGAGAUCCGGACGCUGUUCAGGCCGCAGAGCUGCAGACGCUCAGUCCAGCGCAGCGACUUCGUCAGAUACCACUACAACGGAACCCUGCUGAACGGAACCGUGUUCGACUCCAGUUACUGGAGGAACGUUACGUACAACACGUAUGUGGGUCAGGGGGAGCUGAUUAAGGGGAUGGACGAGGGGCUGCUGGGAACGUGUAUCGGAGAGAGACGCUCCGUCAUCAUCCCACCAUUCCUGGCCUACGGAGAGAAAGGAUACGGCUCGAAGGUUCCGGCAUUCGCGACGGUGAUUUUCGACGUGCUGCUGGUGGACGUGUUUAACGUGAAGGACGACGUGCAGGUGGAGGUGCAGGACGUCCCGCAGCCCUGCAGGAGAAAAGCGCAGGCCGGAGAUUUCAUCCGCUACCACUAUAACGGAACCUUCCAGGACGGAACGCCGUUCGACUCCAGCUACCAGCGGAACAGCACCUAUAACACCUACAUCGGUCUGGGUCACGUGAUCGCUGGGAUGGACAAGGCGCUGCUGGGAGUCUGUGUAGGGGAAAAGAGACGGGUCACCAUCCCCCCUCACCUGGCGUACGGAGAGAACGGGACGGGUUCUUUAAUCCCCGGCUCAGCUGUGCUGAUCUUCGACCUUCACAUCAUCGACUUCCACAACCCCUCCGACUCGGUGGACAUCAGGGUCACUCACACUCCGGCGGACUGCAGUGACACCUGCACCACUAACGACCUCAUCACCUACCGCUACAACUGCUCCCUGCUGGACGGAACACACCUCUACUCAUCGGACGACUACGCCAAGCUUCCACAGGUCACUCUGGGUCAGGGGACGGUGAUCGAGGGUUUGGAGAAAGGCCUGCAGGGCAUGUGUGUCGGAGAACGCAGAGAAGUGACCAUUCCUCCACACUUCGGCCACGGACAAGACGGAGGCUCAGGUGUGCCCAGCAGUGCGGUGCUGCUGUUUGAGCUGGAGCUGCUGGAGCUGCAGAGGGGCGUUCCUGAGGGAUACCUGUUCCUGUGGCUGGAGGACAGUCCAGAACCUCUGUUCCCCGCCAUGGACCUCAACCACAACCAGGAGGUUCCCUUAGAGGAGUUUACAGAGUUCAUAAAGCUGCAGGUGUCGGAAGGCAGAGGUCGCCUGAGGCCUGGAGUGGACGGUGACAUCAUCAUCAAAGACAUGUUCACCAAUCAGGAUCAAAACUCCGAUGGGAAGAUCACAGCGAACGAGCUCCGAGUGCAGACGGACCACGGAGAGAUCCCGGACCACGAGGAGCUGUAAAGCACCAAACACAGAACCUCAGCGUGUAGAACGUCUCAGAGAGAGAACCUUCAGAUCAUCAGUUCACUCUGAAUGAGCUGCAGGAGCUUAAACCGCAGAUUAAACUCGUUUCUUCCCUAAAUGACUAAAAACCCUUCAAUCAAACUUUUAUCAUCAGUUUAACCAACAGCAUGUAAACAAAAUUAAUCACUUGGAAUUAUUAUUAUUGUUAUUAUUAUUAUUAUUAUUAUUAUUAUUAUUAUUAUGAGAACACUUAAUCAUUAUCUAAGGAGCUUCCACUACCUACUCUCCUCCACCUGUACACCAGCGCAGGACAUUCUAGAGCUUAUCAGAACAUUUCAGACCAUUUCACAACAAUCCAGAACAUUUCAGAAAAAUCCAGAAUGUUAUAGAACAAUCUGGAAUAUUCCAGAACUUAUAGGACAUUUAGGAACAUCCCAGAACUGUUUAGAACAGCUUAGAACAACAUUUGAGAACAUAUCAGACCAUUUCAGAACAAUCUAGAACAUUUUAGACCACUGCAGAAUAUUUCAGAUUAUACAACAGUCCAGAACAAUCUGGAACAUUUCAGAACUUUUCCAAAAAAUAUUUAAUGUUAAUAAACAGGUGAGCUGGUUUUGUGUAACUGAGCGUUUGUGAAGCUCCUUCUGUAUUUAUAUGAACUCUGUUCUGAUUGUUAAUUUUAAUGAUUAAUAAUUGAUUAAAAGCAGAUCUGUGGAGUUUACAGUAAUGAUGAUGAUGGAGGAGACGGCGCCCCCUGCUGGGAGAAUAACAUGCCAUUGUCACUAAUCCACGUUACUAAAGUCCAGCCAGACUCUGUUCCUGACCACAGAUCUGUACUCUGAGUGUGACCGACUGAGCCGUCUGAGUGUCUGAGUGUAGAGAGUUUAAUAAGAAUCUGAAGCCAUAAUAAUCACAGAGUCCAGACCACCGAGGAUCAGUAACAGCCCCUCAGUGUGAACGUUAAUCAGAGUUUAUCAGCUGAUCUUUACUCUGAGUGAUGAUCAGGUUUAUAACGAAGACAGAAAUGUUUAUACCUGAUAUCAGGAUUUGAGUGUUUUGGAGAUUUUAACAGAUUUGAAAGAUUCAUUUGGUGCAAAACAAGAACCGUUUCAGCUUCUGGUGUUUUCUUAAACAUUUUUCUGAACUGCAGAACAGAAUAAAUGUUUUUCUAAUAAAGACAUUUAAACUGA